GUAGGUCUUCUGAAUAUUCUGGUCAUCAUUUUGUUGCUGCAGGGCAGAAAUUUGUGAUAACUUGUACCAUAGAUAUGUCUGAAUAUCUUCAGUGGACGAUUAAUGGAAGAGCUAUCAUACCUGGCGAGGCUGGAUAUACAAUGAUUGAAGGACCAGGACCUCAGGGCUAUAAAGUAAGUCAGUUGAAAGUGGCCAGAGCUCACCCUUUUCAUGCAGGGGAGUACAGGUGUUCCCCAAUCACAACACAUUCUCAUUCUGUGUUUGUCAUAAGUGGCUCACCAACUGAAACAGAAAAUACAAGGCUGUUCAAAAAGGACCACUCCCUUUUACUUACAUGUGACUAUAAUGCUACAAAUGUUGAAACCGUUUGGAAGAAGAAUGGGACAGAAAUUGAACCAAAUGACCACUACCAAAUAUACAAUAACUCCACACUGAACAUAACUUCUCAAACAGAGAGUGACUUGGGAGAGUUUAGCUGCUUGAUCAAAGGACCUGGUGAAGAAGAAAAGUAUUUCUAUCUUGUUGAUCUACAGCUUCAUAAACACCUCCCUAAAUCUACCACAGUUUUGGAGAAUGAUAAGCUUAAACUAUCUUGUCUGGUGGAAGGAAACCCUCACCCUAAUGUGCAGUGGUUGAAAGAUGGAGAGCCUUUACAGCCAGAAGAGAACAACACAAGAUUAGUCUUCUCUGCAAACACAUACAAUGUGUCAAAUGCCAUCCUGUUGAUCCAACCUAUACUCAAGAGUGAUUAUGGCAAUUAUGUGUGCCUAAUUUCACAGUACUCACUUCACCUAAACACAACUACUGAAGUUAGGGUCAAAGACAUUUAUGCUGCUUUGUGGCCCUUCUUGGGUAUUGUGGCUGAAGUAACCAUUUUGUGCGCUAUCAUUUUCAUCUAUGAGAAACGACGUAUCAAGCCCAACUUGGCUCAGUCUGACAUGGAUGAUAUUAAUGAACAGAAGAAUAAUGCAGACCACACCAAUGAAACUGAAGUUCGGCAGCGAAAGUAGUUCUGCAGAGAGACAAUGUGGCAACAACAUAUGCUGGUCAUGUUGUUGAGAGAAUUACAGCACAGUGGUAGCCAGAGGCUACCCUUAUGGGAUCUCUUGUUUGAUAUUUAAAAAUAAAUAUCAAGUAUCAUCAAUUAAUGAAGGAACAGAAGUUUUUUUUUUUUUUCUCCACAUCAUAAAAAUAUUUUUUACUUAUAAGUUGAUGAGUCAUGCUUUUCACUCAGAUUAAACGUAAAAUACUGAAACAGAAACUAGAGGCAAUUUUUGUUUUGUAUCAAGAUAUUUAGUAUAUGUGAUUACUGUAAUUAAUGGUUAUUGUAAUCAUCUUGCUUAAUCAAAAAUACUAUAUUUCUUGAUAUUACUGUAUAAUACUAAAGAGUAGUAUAUGUGAUAUUAGUAGUAUUUGCUUAUGCUGAUAAAGAUUAUUACUGGCUAUGUGAUUGAUGGGUAAUGUCAUAUACACAUUGCUUCAAAAUUUAUAGAGGUCCCAGUGUAUAAAAUUAUGAAUGCUUGUACAUAGUUACUGCAUUUUUUAUAUUAUGUUCUCAGUGUGGGAAGUCCCUGAAUUUUUAUUAUAUCACAAUUUUUUUUUCAUUUUAGCAUUUCAUUUAUGCAUAUUUGAAAUUUAUCUUAUGUAGUAAGUUACUUGUUGCCCUACCUUUUAUUUUUCUUUGUAAAUGUAAACAAAAGAAUGUGUGAUAGAUUGUAUGAUAAAAUGUUUGUAUAUUUGAUUUCAACUUUGUUCACAUAAGUUAUUAGCUUAACAUGUAACUUAAAUGUGUUAAUGUCUGUUUUAUCUAACAAAGUGCACCUACAGGACUAUAGACACUGUAAAGUAGUUUUUCUUCUUGAAUGUUGGACAUGUGAUAUUGCUUCUUUAAAGAGGUAUAUGUGAUUUUUUCCAUGUGCCUGUUUUUCUACAUUAAGACAAUUACUCCAUUGCUUGUCUUACAGCAAAGUAUCUAUUCUCAUACUAUAGUGAUAACCUGGUGAAUUUCUCUGUUAUAUUAUUAUCAGAAGUAGGUUUUAUUAUUGUCUAGGAAAUUGUAUUUAAUAUUUCAAAUACAUAGCCAUACUUUAA